AUGGCUUUUGUAAAGGCAAUCAAGAACAAGGCGUACUUUAAGCGCUUCCAGGUCAAGUACCGCCGGCGCAGGGCGGGAAAGACUGACUAUGCAGCGCGGCGCUGGCUCACUCUUCAAGAUAAAAAUAAGUACAAUGCCCCCAAGUACCGCUUCGUCGUGCGCAUUACCAACACACGGGUUCUAUGCCAGGUGAUGUACGCCUGUAUGCGAGGGGACCAAUUGGUCUGUAGUGCAGACUCUAUGGAGUUGCCGCGCUACGGCAUCAAAGUGGGGCUCACCAAUUACUCGGCGGCAUAUGCCACUGGCCUGCUGCUGGCGCGCAGACUUCUGAAACAGAAGGGCCUGUCUGACGAGUUCCCCGGUGUUGAAAAGCCGACGGGCGAGGAAUACCACGUGGAGGAGGAAUCUGAGGAACGCCGUCCCUUCAAAUGUGUCCUUGAUGUGGGGAUUGUUUCGACGACCGUUGGCAACCGUGUUUUCGGCGCCAUGAAGGGAGCCUGUGACGGCGGCCUCCACAUCCCACACAACAACAAGCGGUUUCCUGGUUUUUUGAAGGGCAGUGAGGGUUCCGAGGACUCGUACAACCCCGAGGUCCAUCGCGCGAGGAUAUACGGUUCCCAUGUUGCAGACUACAUGCGCGUGCUCGAGGACGAAGACCCAGAAAAGUACCAAUCUCAGUUCUCUGCGUACAUCCGCAACAAGAUUGAUGCCAACUGCCUCGAGAAGAUGUACGAAGAUGCAUUCCAGAAGAUCCGUGCGAACCCUGAUCCUGUGAAGAAGGAGGCGAGGGAGGUCAAGAGGGUGCGCCAGGGUGCCAUGAUCAAGACUACUAAGUCUCAAUACGUACGGAAUGUCAAGAUCGACAACAAAACCAGGAAAGAUCGUGUGAUGCGAAAGGUGCGAAUGGUUCUCGAACAGAUGACGGAAUGUGCGUGA